UGUGCCCGCAGUCGAUGCACGUGAAGACGCCAAGUCUGUCAGCACACAGUGACACGGCACACCCACCCCCCAACGCCACCCGGUGCCAGAUAGAAUGGAACCUCGAGAUGUCGAUAAGACAUGCUCUUGGCGGCUUGUUUCCCCUCAAAGUGCUUCUCCAAGCGUUGCCUUUGCAGCAGACUUUGGUCAAUGUUUCCUCCACUGGCAUCUUCCUCGUGUCAUACGACCCAAUUCAUACAUCACCACCGCAUGCACUGAUGAAUUGA